CAUAAUAAAAAUGGUUGUUUUUCCUCUCAUUCUCCGUGCUUUAACUUCACAAUGUUACUCAAAUUUCUGAUAUUUUCCUCAUUUUUCUGCUCUACAAGUUCUCUGAAUAUUCUUGUCUACUCUCCUGCAUUUGCAGCCAGUCACAGUAAUUUUUUGGGGAAGCUGGCGGAUACAUUGACCGAACGAGGACAUAAUGUGACAUACUUGAUGCCAGUUGUAGAUCCCGAAAAACGAGAUGAAUGUAUCGGAGUCAAAUUGACAAAAGAUUUGGUUAUCGUGGAACCUGAUGAAGAAAUGAUGUCAUUUAAGAAGGGAAGUACACCGAAUGGGGAGAUUAUGGAACUUUUUUGGAAAUCUGAAAUGGAUUCUUCUAAUUCUAGAGAUAUGUUCUCGUUUUUCAAUUCCGACAUGAAACUUGCCUGUCGUAACUUUCAUAAGCGUCGGGACAUUUUCGAACAAAUGAAAUCUCGCAACUUUGACGUUGCAAUUCUCGAGCCUGUUACCAUCUGUGGACUUGGAUUCGUGAAAGCUCUUGGAAUCGAAAAAACAAUUUUGGCAUCUUCAAGUACUUUUUAUGAUGCAGUUAUGGAUUAUAUUGGAGAACCAUUAGAUUAUAGUUAUGUACCAUCUGGAUUCAGUGUCACUGGAGAUGUGAUGACUAUGGCUGAGAGAUAUGAAAAUUGGAUGGUUGUUAAGGAAAUCAAUAUCGCUCUACAUGACAUGUUCGAUGGCGAGAUGAAAAGUUAUCGUGAAUUUCUUGGAGAAGAUCUUCCAAAUUGGCGGGAACUUCUCUCAUCUGCUUCAAUUUUCUUUGUCAACGCCAAUCCAUUUCUGGAUUUUCCACGUGCAGUUCUUCAGAAAACUGUUCCAAUUGGAGGAAUUUCAAUUAAUUUGAAAUGGAUUAAAGAGCAAAAACUGACUAAAGAUUGGGAGGAUAUUUUGGAAAAGAGGACGAAAACGGUCCUAAUCUCAUUCGGGUCAAUGGUCAAGUCUGCGUAUAUGCCGAAGAUAUGGAGAAACGGCCUGCUCGAAGUGAUCAAAUCAAUGCCAGAUGUCACAUUCAUUUUCAAAUAUGAAUCCGAUGAAGUCUCGUUUGCUGAUGGAAUUUCGAAUAUUCACUUUUCAAAAUGGGUACCUCAAACAGCUCUUCUCAAUGACCCUCGACUUUCCGCUUUUGUAACUCAUGGAGGACUUGGAAGUACAAUGGAAUUGGCUUACAGUGGAAAACCAGGAGUUGUUAUUCCAGUAUUUGCUGAUCAAAUUCGAAAUGCUCGGAUGAUUGCUAGACAUAACGGUGUCAUUUAUCUGCAUAAGAAUUCAAUGGAAAAUGUAAAAGUAACUCGGAAAGCACUCACAGAUGUUCUUUAUGAUGAGAGUUACAAGAAAAAUGCAGAGAAAUUGACGGAUAUCUUGAUGAAUCAGCCAUACAGUCCCAUGGAAAAUGUUAUCAAAUACACGGAAUUUGUUGGAGAACAUGGCCCAUUCCCUAACACUGAUCCAUAUGGUCGUCAUCUCAAUUACUUCCAGAAAACAUUCUUUGAUAUUUAUGCUCUUUUCGCAUUGUUUUAUAUUUCUGUAGGUACAAUUAUUGCAAUUAGUAUUAGAUUUAUUUAUCAGAAAGCUAGAAAAUAUUUCACAUUGGAAAAAUCUAAGAAAACUGAAUAGAACUGGUAUUGUUUGCAUUUCAUUUGAUUGUUCAAUUUACGGAUCUCUAAAUAAAUUCCUCUGAUUUUC